UAUUGCCAGUACUUCCAAUGCUAUUGGUUCACGUUGGGACAUAGCCUGUAUCGGAGACUCGGAGAAUUCCGAGACCGGAUUGUUCAGCGGCGACAAUGAGCGACAAGAUGGCACGUCAGCAGGACUUCAACGAUCUCUUCAACGUGAGAAAUAAUUUCUACAUCGGCAAUUACCAGCAAUGCAUCAACGAGGCGCAGAAAAUCAAGACGUCCAUUUCGGAAGUGGCCAUGGAGCGCGACGUCUUUCUUUAUCGCGCGUAUAUAGCACAAAGAAAGUUCCGUGUGGUACUGGACGAAAUCCACAAUUCAUCUCCAAAAGAAUUGCAGCCACUAAGGACCUUGGCUGACUAUUUUGCCAAUCCACAUCACCGGGAAGCCAUAGUAGUCGAAUUGGAUAAGGAAACCAAGAAUGUAAACUACGAGAAUCACAAUCUGUUGAUUGUGGCAGCGACCAUUUAUUACCAUGAGAAGAAUCUAGAGGCUGCCCAUCGAGUAAUAUGCAACUCCGAUAAUCUAGAGUGCAUGGCGCUAACGUUACAGAUAUAUCUCAAGAUGGAUCGUCUGGAUCUGGCUCGCAAGGAGCUCAAAGCAAUGCAGGAGAAAGACGACGAUGACACCUUGACUCAGCUCGCUCAAGCAUGGAUAAACAUUAGUAGUGGUGGUGACAAGUUACAAGAUGCUUAUUACAUCUUUCAGGAAAUGAUUGAUAAGCACUCCAGCACGAGCAUGUUGCUGAAUGGCCAAGCCACUUGCUUUAUUGGACAAGCGAAGUACGAGGAGGCGGAGACGGCCUUGCAAGAAGCUCUCGAUAAAGAUAGUAAUAAUCCAGAUACAUUAAUCAAUAUGAUUGUCCUCUCGCAGCAUAUGGGCAAACCGCCGGAGGUGGCGAAUCGUUACUUAAGUCAGUUGAAAGACUCCCACUUGGAGCAUCCUUUCGUUAAGGAGUACUUGCAAAAGGAAAUUGAAUUCCAUAGGUUUAAAGAACAUUAUUCAUCUUCCGCCUGAGUACCCCUCAGUAGAUUAUGGCAUUCCGUGGGAUAAAAUUGAUCGAAUAUUAAUCAUGUGAUGGACCCAAGAGCGUGAACUAAACAAGUUUGACUCCAUCGAAGAUGUCUAAUGAGCAAAGCUUCUUAGCAAAAAACUUUUCUUUUGAAGCUAAAACAUUUAUAGAUAGGUCAGAUAGCUUACAUGAUAAGCAUUUUGGAUCUUUUAAUUACUGAAAAAUGUACAUUUUUUAAAUUAUAUUUGAUUUUUGUUGCAAAUGAAUCAAAGUCUGUCUAUACAAUAUUAAUCUUUAGACUUUCAAAAACACAUUUUUAGGGUAAUAUUACGAUUAUAUAUUAGGAUUUCAAGUAUUUUACCUAGUUAUUUUUUGCGAAAUAGAAAACGCAAUUUUUCUAAAUAGAGAGACAUUUCGUUUAUAGAUGUUGGCUCUGCAAUAUUAAGAUAUUUUGUUUUCAUAUUAAACUUAAAAAAAAAUAUAUAUAUAUAUAUAUAUAUAUAUGCUGGCAGAAAAUAGGUAUAGCAAAGUUAUACGGAUAAUGGAAAUGUUUGGAAUUACAAAAAACCGAGAUGUACGUGACUGGAAAAGUCGCUCUUAUCCAUUUUAUCCUAAUGUUACACUUUUAUUACACAAUCAUGAAAAUAUGGCUGCCAUUUUAUAAAACUAUAAAUUAUUGUCGAAAUUAGAGAGACCAUUUCACGUGUAAGCAUCUCUUCAUAUAAUAUUCAUAUUGCCAAUUUAGAGAGAUGUAACACAGAUAGAUGAAAUAUUAAAUAAAAAAUUUCAUACAUUAUGAAUAUGCAAGUGUCCGAAAAUGUCUUUUUUAAUUUCCAAAUUGCCCCUCAAUGUUUUGUAAAUAUCAUUAUAAAAGUAACUUAUAACGAACUUAUAAAAAUAAAGUCUUACAUCGUUAA